AGACCCACAAACAAGCUGGAGAAAAAAGAAGCUUCUUUCCUAAGAGAGAAGAACACAGCAUAAGAUAAAACUUGUUUUGGUUGAAGCUUUCUUGGAAAAUUUUCUUGGUAGAAAAUCGAAAGGAUGGGAAGACCACCCUGUUGUGAUAAAACGGGUGUUAAGAAAGGGCCAUGGACUCCUGAGGAGGAUAUCAUUUUAGUGUCUUAUAUUCAACAACAUGGUCCUGGUAAUUGGAGGGCUGUUCCUACCAAUACAGGGUUGCUUAGGUGCAGCAAAAGUUGCAGGCUUAGAUGGACUAAUUACCUAAGGCCAGGGAUUAAACGCGGUAACUUCACAGAGCAGGAGGAGAAGAUGAUAAUUCACCUUCAAGCUCUUUUAGGCAAUAGAUGGGCUGCCAUAGCUUCUUACCUUCCUCAAAGAACAGACAAUGAUAUCAAAAAUUACUGGAAUACCCACUUGAAGAAGAAGCUCAAAAAGCUUGAAGAAGGUCACCAGGGAAAUUUCAGAGAAGGUGGUCAUAAUCAAUCAGCUUCAUAUCCCACAUCAAGAGGUCAAUGGGAGAGAAGACUACAAACUGAUAUUCACAUGGCUAAGCAGGCUUUAGUUGACGCCUUGCACCCAGAACAACCAAACUGUUUGUCUCAGCUGAAAUCCUAUACAAAACCAGGGCAAACAUCAGCCUAUGCAUCAAGCACAGAGAACAUAGCUAAGUUGCUUAAAGGGUGGAUGAGGGAUUCUUCUUCAAAACCAGCUUGCGCCAACUCAGAUGCAACUCAGUUCUCAUUCAGCAACAUGGCUCCGGGGACUGAGUCUGCAUCCUCCAGUGAAGGCACUGAGCAGAACCAAGUAAAUAACAGUGAUUGCAUGGAGUUAUCAGAAGGUGGGUUUGAUGAGUCAGUACUGUUUGGUUUUGAUUCGUUUGAGAGCUCCAAUUCAGAUUUCUCCCAGUCUGUGUCACCUGAGGCUAGCCUUUUCCAAGACCAUGAAAGCAAAUCAGAUCAACACAAUGAACAAGUUCCUCUGUCUUUGCUUGAGAAAUGGCUGUUUGAUGAAGGUGCUACUACACAAGGGAAGGAUUUCCUUAGGGACUUGACAUUAGAUGAUAAUGCUAAUUUUUUCUGAAGGGCAAGCGAUUGUAAUUCUUGUUUUAGGCUAAUUACUUUUUUUGGAUCUUGAUUAUUUUUGGAUCUAGGUGAUGAUCAUGUUGCACUGAUAGAAUUAUUCCACAGUGGCCCUGUCAUGGAGAAAUUUAAUUGUCACUUGUCACCCUUUAUUAAUAGUAGAAACCGAAGUGUAAAUUUCAUUAUUAUUA